AUGAAAAUGUUUCGCUAUCCUUCCUAUACUAAUCAUAACUUGCUAAAUUUUACUAAAUUAGUCACUAAAUUCAGUCCAUGGAUCAGUAAAUUUAUAAAUGCAAUGAAGCCAAAUCAAAUAAUUAUCAUCUGUGGUUAAUCUGAUCACAAAUAAACUUUCCCACUAAUAGAAUCUUCUAAUAAAUAUGAAUUUAAUGAAUACUCUAAUCACUGCUUAAUUAAAAUUGAGUUUAAAAUUUAACCUUCAACAAGAUAAUAAUUCUACUAUCACAAAUUUAAUAUAAUAGUAGCUAUAAAAGAAUUUGUGGAUUUCCAACGCACUACAGAAUUUCAUAUUAGAAAUGUUGAUUCCUCGGCUAGACUAAGUAAUUGCUAAGCAUACUAGGAGUAAUUCAAAAAAAUUUAGGAAGGUGGAUUUCAAUAAUCUAUAUUUAUAAAUAGUGUUUUUGGACAUAAUAAAUAAUAAUUCUAAUAGUUUUUACAUUAAAUUUCUCCCAACAAAUUUCGAUAAAUUGUUCCAUUAUUAUAAUACAAUACAUUCAAUUUAUAAGUUAAAUUGUAAAUUUUAGCAUAUUACAAAUUUGAAUUUUAGUAUUGA